AGGUAGGGGCGUUGUGCCGUCAGCUAAACUCCUAACAUAGCCAUCUGUUGGGUUCAUUGAUCAACACGUAUCGGGUUAAAUUGAUCCAGGCUUGGCUGGCCGAUACAUGUUGAAACCGAUACAGAGGAUAAAACCCAAGUACAGCUACUGAAGGAGAAAGACGACCGAUUGCUGAAGAAGGGGCACUUCAGUUACCCAUGGCUUCAACGCAGCUAUUUGGAGAUCUGUUCGCCGGUGCCGCUAACUGGCACCAAGUUGCCCCUUCAAAUGGUAGCUCUUUCGCCUUCUUUAAGCCCUCAUCCGUCUCUAUUCCAACAUGGCAGAGACGCAGAGGUACGACUACUAAUCUCUGUGUCUCAACAAUGGCGAAAAAGAAAACCGAAGAAACGGCAGUAACCCAAAACGGAGAAAAAUCCCAAGAAGAAGUCGAGGAAGAAGUAGAAGAGGACUUGCCUUGGAUUCAGGAGAAGGCGAUGGACCUGGUUGAGUUCACGGGGUCGGUAACCGAGGCGAUUCCUGGGCCUAGGGUAGGUAGUAGCUCAUUGCCAUGGAUUCUUGCCUUGCCCUUGGCUUUCGCUGGUAUCACUUUUGUCACCGCAUUUGUCAAGGCAGUCCGCAAGUUUAACACGCCCAAGGAGAAAAGGAAAAAAUUGGUGAACAAGAAUGCUCUGUUAUGCAAAUCGAUAGAUGAGUUGUUUCAAAAAGGAAGGCACGAAAUACAACAUUCAGCUCUUAAGGUGCUUAUGCAAAAGACAGGUUUUGACAUGGGGGAAAUUUUGCGGAAGUACAUCCGAUAUGCAAUGAAUGAAAGACCCUUCAAUGCAGACUUGGUUGCAGACCUUAUCCAACUCAGAAAAGCUUCAAUGUUGGAUGAUGCCACAGUUGCUGAAAUUCUAAAUGAGAUCUCAAGGCGGAUUGUGCGGGACAAAGGACCAGUUGUCAUGGAUGUUUCAGGAUAUACAGAAAAGGGAUUAAGGAGAAAACUUGCUGUGCAGUCCCUUUUUGGAAAGGUUCUAUAUUUAUCUGAGCUACCAGAGUUCUGCUCAAGGGACAGCUCCCUAAUUGUUAAGGAGAUAUUUGGAGUUACAGAUGAUGAUGUAGACACCCUUCGGAUACACACCUUCCCUGAGGAUGGGGACAUGGAUUCGAUUCAGAAGAUGGUGGAUGGUUCAGAUCCAGAAGACUCCGGCAAGGAAUCAAUUGAUGGUUCUAGGAAAGAUGCAUCAAGCACUUAAAAGAGUUGAUGCUAAGGGAUUUGUGUAAGAGAACAGUGUUUAGCCCUACAGAGAUACAAUAGAAUUUUGGAAAAUGAUGCGAUGUACUUCCAGGCUACUAAGAUUUGGGAAAGGAAAAGAAGUUUUGACUA